GCUUCCCGGAGAAGGCCGUGGCUCACUACCAGCAGGCCAUCCAGCUGAGCCCGCACCAUCAUGUGGCCGUGGUGAACCUGGGCCGGCUCUACAGGUCCCUGGGGGAGAACAGCAAGGCGGAAGAGUGGUACAGACGCGCCCUGCAGGUGGCCCGCACAGCCGAGGUCCUGUCACCCCUGGGCGCGCUCUAUUACAACACUGGCCGCCACAAGGAGGCUCUGGACGUGUACCGGGAAGCUGUGGCCCUCCAGCCUGCCCAGCGGGAGCUCCGUCUGGCCCUGGCACAGGUCCUAGCCGUGGUGGGCCAGACCGGCGAAGCCGAGCAGAUAACCAGCCGCAUCGUGUCCGAGGAGCCGGGAUGCCUGGAAUGCUACCGCCUUCUGUCGGCAAUCCACAGCAGGCAGGAGCACCACGACAAGGCACUGGAAGCCAUAGACAAGGCUCUUCAGCUCAAGCCCAAGGACCCAAAGAUCAUAUCUGAGCUUUUCUUCACGAAAGGAAACCAGCUAAGGGAGCAGAACCUUCUGGACAAAGCUUUUGAG